CAGUGCGUUUAAUAUGUGAUCUUCCCAGCGGUGGUCACGUGACUAAUGUUUGCCUGCGUUUUAACCGCCACAUUGGACAGCGCUGUCAUGGUGAUCGCGUUUCCGUUGUCUUUCACACGCAGCGUUGUCUCCGACCACUUCUGUCCACUGAGGAGAGCACGAUGUUUCAGCUGAGGUCGUUUGUUCACCGGCGGCUGUACGCGGCGGCAGAGGAGAUCCUCGGAGAGGUGGAGAAAACCAUAACGUUAGCGCUGUACGAAGCAGAGGUGCGCCGACCGAAAGGAGAGCCCCACGGUCAGCGUCAGAAACCGGACUUUAUCGACCAGAUAUCAGUUACAGAAUCUCCACUCACCAACAGUACUGUGACUGGAGAGGAAGUGCUGCAGGAGACCUCAACACAAGAAGAGUCUGAUUGGAGCACAGCUGAGAUCCUGGGCUCCUCUUAUACGAGUGCAGACACAGUAACCAAUGAUGGGAACUACUGCUUGGUUCAGACAGACUUCAAAAUAAAAGAGGAGCAGGAGGAACUUGGGGAUGAUAGUCAAACACUGGAGGUUAUUGCUCCUUCUCCUGAAGCUGUGAAAACUGAACAAGAUCAGCCAGAGACAGACGUGAUUAAUGAAUUGCCGCCUGUUCCUUCAGAGUGCUCUGCAGCCCAGAGUGAGAACAGUGACAGUGAUGAGGAGUGGGUGCAGAGCAAAGAGGCGAAGGUUUUGCAAAGACAGAAUGGCAGCAUGACGCAGGAGGGUCAAGCGGCAUCACCCAGUGGAGAGUAUUGUGCUAAAAGCCAAAAGGACCGCAGUGUUUGUCCUGUGUGUGGGAAGGGUUUCCAGUACAUCCGUCCCUUCAUGAAGCAUCUAAAAACACAUAAUAGGGCAAGUGAGUCUACAAAGGAACUUCUAAGUCAUUUGCAAAGUGCUCACAACAAGCGGCUUGUGUGUGAUGUUUGCGGCAAGAAGUUCACCAACCCCGGCUGUCUACAUAUACAUUCAAAAAUACACACCGGGAUUAAAGACUUUAAAUGUCAAGACUGUGGGAAGUCUUUUGUCCGAAAAGAGCAUCUGAUAGUGCAUAUGAGGACUCAUUCAGGGGAAAGACCGUAUAACUGUGACAUCUGUGGGAAGGCGUUUACUCAGAGCCAGAACCUCACGGUUCAUAGGAGGACACACACAGGAGAGAGACCGUAUCAGUGUGGAUCAUGCGGGAAAUUCUUUUACACUCGCGGUCAACUCAAAAAACACAUGAAACGUUUUUCAGGGGAAAAGCCCUACUCCUGUCAUGUUUGCGGUAAAACGUUUUGUCAAAGGGGACGGAUGAUUCGACACGAAAAUGCACACGCAGCAGGGAACAUGGAGUAACUAAUACAUGUGUAGAAAAACUCAUAUGGAUAAGAUGUUUUUUUUAAAGGUCAUUUUUCACUAACACACCAGUCAAGAGAAUCUCAGUGUUGUCUCAGUGAAUAAAUCAUCUGCAAACCAGUGUGAGAAGUCUCUCCUCUCUGUAUUUUAAUGAAGAUACAUGGAAACUAAAUGACUUGACAGCUGUAGUCACUUUACAUAU